GGACAACCAGUUGGAGAAAAUUCCUUAAAAGGAACAGACAAGUUGAUAAAAAUAAAGAAAAAUUGCAAAAAUUUAUUAAUUAAAUACUAAAAUAAUAGAAAAAGUCUAUAAAAAACACAAUAUCUAAGAAAAUAAUGUUUAAUUUCUUGAAAGAAGUAAUGGCGCCUACAACGCGUAGUUCGGCUCAGCAGCAACAAAAUGAAACACAGGCGAAGAAAGAAAAUUUCGAGGACUCGGUGAAAACUUCUUUAGCAGAAUCUCCACCAACAGCUAUUAUUAAGGGCUAUAAGAUAACAGAUAAUGAACGUUCUAGAAAAUAUGGCAUAGGAGCCAAUUCCUUGCAAAUGCUUAAGACUAAAGCCAAAAUAAAGUUUCCUAUCAAAGACUUGCGCAUUUAUUUAGCCUCUGAUGGCUACGAAGUUACCGAUGAAGACUACUUUUUAACCUUGGAAUCUCAAACUCUAUUCAUAGUGGCUGGUCCCGAAGCCAUAAUAACCACAGAUAGCGACUUUGAAUUCGAACAAUUACGCCAGAGAUCUCCUCUGCUCAAAGUGGCCGACAUUAUCUAUGACUUUAUGGAACAACAACCCGAAAAGUUUGGCAAACUAAUAGCAGAUUAUGAAAAGAAAAAAUUGCCUCAUUGCAGAGGAGAUGUCAAGACUCACUUAAGCUUAAGAACGGAACAUGCUGAAUGGUUUAUGGGCCAAGAAGAGAAAUGCCACACCAAAGAGGAGGCUCUGGCCAGAAAGGCUCAGGAUCGUGUAAGAGCUUAUUACUACAAAACCAAAGAUGAACUAACACGCAAUCAUUUGUAUCGGCAAAAUCUUAAGGCCCGCAAAGUCAUUGACUCAAUAUUGGAGAAGUUUCGUUAUCUGUUGAUAGGUUGUGAUUAUUUUUCCAUGAUAUUUGAUAGAAAAUAUGAGCCAAAACAUGAUUUCCUAGUGGAAAAACUAGAAAAAGAUGAUGAAACUGAUGCCCGAUCAGCAGUGCCAAAUAAGAAGCUGAAACAGGUCAUUAAAGACUACACUUUAAGAAAUGAGAUAUUAGAUGAAUGGUCCGUCUCCCUAUGCACCGAUUUGGGUGAUUUUUAUUGCCAAGGAGCCUAUUCAGGUUCUCAGAAUAACUGUGCUCUACAACACUCCAUCAAUCCUUAUGCUUCGCGGGAAAAUCUAAUACUGUUUCAAGUCUGGAAUCUAGAUCAUCAAAUAGAAUUAUCACGCUCCAUUUUACCCUCUAUAAUAGCCAAUGUCCGCGAUUUAAUAGAGCAACCAAAACGCUUGUGUAAUAUACACAAACAACCUGUUGUAGACAUCUCAGUGUUGGAAUAUUUUUUGGAAAUAUUUUCAUUGAAAAAUCUCAAAUUAGUGCACAUUGUUUGCCAUGAAAAAGUACAAAGAACUAACAAAUCAAAUGGCAGAUUAUUGUGCAACCAGUGUCAUGAAUAUAAAAUUGUAGAGGAAUUAAUGUCAGUACAGGUACUCAAAGAGGGAGCAGAGGAUCAGGCAGAUUGGUAAGCUGAAGGUUAUACUGUUAAGGUAUUAAUUUUCUAUUGUUUUUUAGAAAAAUGUCCUCAGACAGUAAGUUAAAUAAAUCAAAUUAUAGUAUUAUAUACAUACAUAUUUAUAGUAGAAAUGUUAGUUGAUUUUCUUCUCUUUAAAAAAAGCAAACAUAAAAAGCUUUAAAAUCAUUUUACAAAAACACAUAAAACAGGUUGUUUAAGAACAA